AGUUGUGUGCGGGGACGUGAGAAAUGUCACGUGUGGCGCGUGGACUUAUCGAAAUGCGUGAGACUGUAGUCCCGUGUCGGCUCAGCUGUUCAGCGUCGUCGCCUCGUGAUGACGUAAUAGUCAGUUGCCGGUCCAGCUGAGAGUCGUUGAAAGAUGCCAACGUCUGUGCAGGAAAUUCACAUCUCCUCCAAGCCUGACUCCACCUACUUCCUGCGAGUGGACUGGAGUGGGCCAGACCUGGGUUUGGGCUUCCACUUGCUGCUGACUGAUGGACAGAAUGCAUGGAGAGGAGAAGUGAGUGAGGCGGCUGUGUCUGGUGAGGCAGAGGAGCUGGAGAUGCAGAGGGAGCGGUACAUCCAGGACCUUCAGCAGGCGCUGGCUGGGACUGAGAGCUCUGUCUGCUACAGCUUCACCCUGACGCCAUCUUCUCCAAACCACAGCUCCACCGUUACACUGGGAUACGAGAAGGUGCAGAAGGACAUCUCAUUUAGGCUGGGUUCUGUGUUCCUGGUAUCCAUCCCAGAGCCGUCAGGGGCUGUGAGGGAGUUACUGAUCCACACUCUGCAGAGGGGAAAUACACUGGAGCACCAGAACCAGAGCCUGGAGGACAAAAACUGGAGACUGAGACAAGAACAGCAGCGCAUCACUGCAGAACUGAAGCGAUAUGCCCAUGGUAAGGAGGACUUAGAGGCUGAGCUCUAUUCACAGUUUGUCCUCAUCCUGAAUGAGAAGAAAGCAAAGAUCCGCAGUCUGCAGGAAACUGUCUCACACUUGCAGCCAUCCAGGAAUUCUGAUGGUCAAAAAAAAAGGGAUCCAACAAAAUCAGAGCAGAAAACAGGUGAUGAAGAGGAGGACAAUGAAUAUGAGGGGAGCACUGAUGAAGAGCCAGAAGAAGUGAAGAUGACCCCAGCUGCCGCUUCACAGUCCUGUGUCUCCACUACUCCGAGCCCACUGGACGACCACCUGAAGGACAUCACUGAUGUGGCCCCCUGUCGCAAACGCCGCUUUCGUCACCUCGGGCCCUCUGACCCUGCGAUUAAACGGCAAAACCCACAGACCUCCCAAGGGAAGAGGAGCGUCUCCCCUGCAGGACCCAGUAAGCCUCAGACCCCCCAGUGCUCUGCAGCAAGUGCAGCAGCUGAGGACCUGUUUGAAGACUUUUGACCCUUCACCUCUGGAGGACACUGUACAGAUUAGAAUAAUUACACCACUGAUGUAUAUUUAGUAAAAACAUUUUUUUAAAAACACUAAUGCAACUGCAGUGAGUGUGUGUGUAUCAUUUUUUUACGACAAUAAAAAUAAAUCUUG